AUGACAAGUCGAAUAAAGAGUGGAAAUCUUGCCCUUCAGCAGCCAUCCGAGUUAUCAUCUGUUUACUUGAACACAAGAUUCCCUAUAUAUGCCGUUGAUGGCUCUCCUAACGGCGGACCUUCUGCAACUCUUUGCGCUAACUCUGCCCAAGAUAAUCCAUACUGGAUUGUUGAUUUGGGAAAAACUUUUAUCAUUGACGAAGUGUUCAUUAUUGGACGAUCUGACUGUUGCUUUACAAGAAUGUUUGGCAGUGAAAUUAGAGAACUGGUACACCUCUACCAAGCUGAAGACAAUGUAAGUUUGCUGAAGUGUAACGGUGACAGCCUGAUUUAUCAUGGUAACUCUAACCCCAGAUGUGGAGGCAUUUACACCAUGGAAACUCUCAGCAAAAAGUCCUUCUACUGUAAGCCGAGAAAGACUGGGCGCUAUGUCAACAUCAGGCUGAUUCACAUGGGAAUACUGACACUCUGUGAAGUUGAAGUUUAUUCCGAGAGCAAAGCCAUCAUAGAUAUUGAUCAGCCAGGCCCCACCGUGGUUCAAGGACUCCCAACCGCUUUGACGUGUCCUGUAUUUGGUUACCCAGAACCCUUUGUGGCCUGGGUACGAGACGGAGUCAUCCAUCAAAACACCACAACCACAUCAGUCUUCAAGGAAAACGAGCUGAACGAAAACCGCAAUCAAUCAAAAUGGGAAUGCAUCGUCUCGAAUAUCCAUGGAUCAGAUUUCCAUCAGUUUCACAUUACAGGAGUGUCAUGGCACAGAAUGUGUGCAAAGCACCAAAUAAUUGCUACCAAACGAACCUUGAACGAUGUUAUUAGUAGUCCUGAUCAAGCUUCCAAUGACACGUCUGUGAAUGAGUCUGUGUGGUUCCGCCUCCAGCAUCCUGUUACAUCUCAAUCUAUGCAGAUCCCUGAGUCUUGUACUCCUUCCAUGCGCUGCUCAACCCAGGCCACCGGCUGGCUGCUUGGUUCUCAUCCGGGUAUUCAAGACGGAGUAGUUCGUCGUACUGUGUGUUUUAACUGGGAUGGCAAUUACUGUAAAUACAACACCACUAUUCUCGUACGAAGGUGUCAUGGCUUCUACGUUUACAAGCUCCAAAAGCCAUCAUUUGACGUGCAGGCUGCCUAUUGUGCAGAAAUCUCCAAUGCAUUGAGCCCAAGUGUUAUUUUCAAACACGUGACGGUCAAUGGCGGCGUCGUAAACCACGUGAUUCAUACUGAACGUGACCUUGACCCACUCGAGUGCGUAGCAGUCUGUCUGUCACACCAGUCAUGCAAAUCAAUCAACUAUCAUUCAAGUAGCAGACUGUGUGAGAUGAACAGUGCUGCCAGAAGUGACGUGUCGUCCAGUGAUUGGAUGGAAAGACAAGGAAUCUCCCUGUACGAAAUGAUUAAAACAAUCGAUAAUGGCUCCUGUGAAAAGUGAUCAUUGAUCAUAACUUACUUCCAAGGUCUUAAAUAUGAGGAGGUGCAUGAGGAAAAUAAUUGAGAAAAAUUACUUUGUGAAGGAAGGGAUACAUUUCUUCAUGCAUGCAUUGCACCAAARAUAAAAAGGCAAACUGGUUUACAGCGAUACUGUUGCAUCGCGACCCACUCUUUCAAAACUUCAUUUUGAUUUUGGUCUUUUCUGGAACCGUCAAUCAUCUUGGGCUUAUGCAAAUAAGUCUUAAAACACGCUCGCUCAGCUUCGGUCAUAACAAUGAUAAAUUUUCUAAAAUCUAAAAUGACUCAAGAGUAUUCUAAGGAUUUGCGAAGGGAAGUUAUUUUCAGUUGAGGGUUGUUUCAGAAAAGACUAAAAUUCAAACGAAGUUUUGAAACAGCGCUGGUCGCGAUGCAACGGUUAAUAUUCCUCAAAACCUUCUGUAUCAAUGUCAGGCAAGUUUUAGAUUACUAAUGUAGAUUACUAAUUCCAAUAAAGACCUUGUUGGACGCA